GACCCAGCUGUCGGGCCCUGCCAGUGUACAGUAGCGGCUGCAGGCAGAGGAAGAAGCGGCAGCAACAGAGUUUCCAGCAGUCCUCCAUGGGAUCCCCGAGGCGGGUUGAAAAGGCAGAUUGGCUGACGUGAUGACGUUCCCGGGAGAAGCGGCUCUCCUGAGGGCUGACAGCUGAUGGAGUCCCCGCUCCUCCUCUCGCACACGGCCGGGGUCGUAUGAGGAGGACACGGAGCCCUGAAAUGACACACUGAAUUGGACAGAAACGUUAAUAACAUCAACUGGGAGAAGCGCUGGGACGUGUUGAGGGGAAUGGGUGCAUCUCCUGCUGAUGAGUUUACAAGACAACGAUAUUUUUUGGAUGUUUGUUUUUGAUUAGCUGACAUUCAGUGGAAUUUCAAAUAAGUUUCCGGUACUGUCAUCUUAUGCCUUGUCAUUGAAACAUCAUCAACAAGGUAGCUCACUGAUCUAACACAUCACAAUGACUUGAAUGAGUGCCUUUUGCAGCCCAUGAUAUCUUUAACCCAGCAUCGCUAAAGUCCACAGUUUUGUGACCUCAUUUAUACUUUUAGGGAAGUGUUCACUGGUCACCUCUUAAUCAGUAUUGCAAAUCACCGAGAUAGCCGAGAGAAAGCGCACGUAUUAUGCACCGUUGUCGCUGUCUCACAUCCAACACCGAACCAGUAACCUCAGGGGAGGAGAGGCGCUCAUAACGGUACCGACCCCACCCGAAAACCUCCCUCUGGGUAUUCUUUUUUCAAAUAUCCACGGGGUAGAAUACAGCUGCUGGCAUGUUCGCCGCCGUAGAGCAUGGCCCGGUCCUCUGCAGCGACUCCAACAUCCUGUGCCUGUCCUGGAAGGGCCGGGUGCCGAAGAGCGAGAAGGAGAAGCCGGUGUGCAGGAAGCGUUACUACGAGGAGGGCUGGCUCGCUACCGGGAACGGUCGAGGAGUGGUCGGGGUCACGUUUACGUCCAGCCACUGCAGACGGGACCGGCCCACCCCGCAGAGAGUCAACUUCAACCUCAGAGGACACAACAGCGAGGUGGUCUUGGUGCGGUGGAAUGAACCCUUCCAGAAACUGGCUACCUGUGACACAGAUGGAGGAAUCUUUGUCUGGAUCCAGUAUGAGGGCCGCUGGUCCGUGGAGUUGGUCAAUGACCGUGGAGCCCAGGUGAGUGACUUCACCUGGUCCCAUGAUGGCACCCAGGCUCUCAUCUCCUACCGCGAUGGCUUUGUCCUGGUGGGGUCAGUCAGCGGGCAGAGACACUGGUCCUCCGAGAUCAACCUGGAAAGCCAGAUUACCUGUGGGAUCUGGACCCCCGAUGACCAGCAGGUGUUGUUCGGUACUGCAGAUGGACAGGUGAUAGUGAUGGACUGCCAUGGGCGCAUGCUGGCCCACAUUCUGCUGCAUGAGUCGGAUGGCAUCGUCAGCAUGUCCUGGAACUAUCCCAGUUUCCUGGUGGAGGACAGCAGUGAGAGCGACACAGAUUCUGACGACUACUCUCCACUGCAAAUGCACAGUCAUAAACCACUGCUGACCGUCAGCUUCACAUCUGGAGACAUCAGCCUGAUGAACAACUACGACGACCUCUCUCCCACCCUCAUCCGCACCGGGCUGAAAGAUGUGGUGGUGCAGUGGUGCUCGCAGGGGGACCUCCUUGCGGUGGCCGGGAUGGAGAGGGCCCUCCUCCCCUCCGACCCCUCCUGUCCCCCCACCAGGAGCGCCCUUGUUAAGUUCUACAACGUUCAGGGUGAACACAUCUACACACUGGACACACCAGCACAGCGCCCCAUCACUACGCUGUGUUGGGGGCACCGGGACUCCCGUCUGUUCUUGGCAUGCGGCCCGGCGCUCUACGUAGUGCGAGUGGAGCACCGCGUUGCCAAUCUGCAGCUACUCUGCCAGCAGGGCAUCGCCACAGCAGUGAAGGAGGAAAAAGAUAUUGCCAAGCUCACCAUGCCUUCCCGCCUCUGUUUUUACGUCACUACUGCUUUUGUACCCACCAUUAAGCCCCCCAUCCCUGAUCCGAACAACAUGCGUGAUUUUGUGAGCUACCCGACAGCUGGAAAUGAGCGUCUGCACUGUACAAUGAAGCGAACAGAGGAUAACCCUGAGGUGGGGGGGCCCUGCUACACUCUGUACCUGGAGUACCUCGGGGGUCUGGUGCCCAUCCUAAAAGGCCGGCGAAUAAGUAAACUGCGUCCAGAGUUUGUCAUCAUGGACCCUAAGACAGAUGGGAAAACAGACGAGAUAUACGGCAACAGUCUGAUAUCUGCCAUGAUUGACAGCUGUAACUGCUCUGACUCCAGUGACAUUGAGCUGAGUGACGACUGGGUUGGCAAGAAAUCUCCAAAGAUAUCCAGAGGGAGCAAAUCCCCCAAACUGCCCAGGAUCAACAUUGAUCCCAGAAAAUCCCCCAAACUUUCCCGUGCUACACAAGAGAUCUCCAGGUCACCACGGUUACCCAUACGGAAACCCUCAAUUGGGUCACCCAGUCUAACACGGAGGGAAUUUCCUUUAGAUGACAUCACUCAGCAAAAUUACCUUGCUCAGGUCACAUCCAAUAUUUGGGGAACAAAAUUCAAGAUUGUGGGGCUUGCCGCUUUCUUGCCAACUAAUCUUGGUGCAGUCAUCUAUAAGACAAGCCUCCUCCAUCUGCAGCCCCGACAGAUGACCAUCUACCUGCCAGAGGUGCGUAAGAUCUCCAUGGACUACAUCAAUCUGCCCGUCUUCAGCUCCAACGUCUUCAGUGAGGAUGAAGAUGACCUGCCUGUGUCCGGCCCCGCUGGGAGCACCGAUGACAACCCGCCCUGCACCGUCAACAUCCCUAUUGCCCCCAUCCAUAGUCCAGCCCAGGCCAUGUCCCCUGCCCAAAGCAUUGGUCUGGUCCAAUCACUCCUAGCCAAUCAAAAUGUUCAGCUGGAUGUCCUAACGAAUCCCACAGCAACCCCUGCUGGGGCCACAGCUGGUGGGUCAGACCAAAGCCAAGACACCCUCCUGACAGCCCAGUACACCGUGCCCACCAGGUACUCCAGCCCCGGGCAGGUCAUCUUUGGGGGACUAGAAAUCGGACGCCUGAUGGUGGGACCUCCACCUUCUCAUCAUCCUUCACAACCACAACAACAAUCAAGCCACCAUCCACAGCAGCAGCAGCAGCACCAACAACAACAACACCAACAACAACAACACAUUCAGCCCCACCACCAACAACAGCAGCAGCACUCACUCCAACAGCAGCAGCAGCAUCAGCUCCAACAACAGCAGCAACUCCAACAGCAGCAGCAGCAGAUGCUUCAGCACCAACACUUACAGCAGCAGCAGCAGCUUCAGCAGCAGCACAUUCAGCAGCAACUCCAACACAUUCAGCAGCAGCAUCAACAUCAGCUCCAGCAGCAAAUACAACAACAGCAACACAUUCAACAGCAGCAGCAACACAUUCAGCAGCAACUGCAGCAACAAAUGCACCACCAACAUCAGACGCAGCAUCAGAUGCAACAACAUCAGCAGCAGCAGCAGCAGCAGCAGCAGCACCAGCAGCACCAUCAUCCACUUCAGCAGCCUCUCCAAAUUCAGAUCCCUGUUACCUCCAUGUCAUCCGGACAGACUUCAGGUGCAGCGAUGCUCCAGCAGGGGGCGCUGCAGAUACAGAUCCCUCAUCCACCUGCUGAUUUAGUGGUUGAGAGAGCAUUGGGUGUUGAACACGAGCACCUCCUGAAAAUCAAAAGCAUGCGGCAAACUCAACAGCUGGCUGAAGGCGAUACAUUGGUGUUUAGUGCCCCUCUGGAGCUCAGUAAGAUGAACCCCCCGCCCCCCUACCCCGGGACAGUGGCUGCCGCUGUAGCAGCUGCAGCAGCUGCUGCCGCCUCAGCAUCCGCUGCAGCCUCCAGUCUUGCAUCUGGAUCAGUAGGGGGCCCCAGUGGAACUCCUCCCCCUGGAGAACUGUCACUAAAGAAGGGCGAGUUCUCACUUUAUCCUUCAGGUCAGCAACAAGCUCAGUACCCCACACCCCUGGGAUAUGAGAGGAUAACAACAUUUGACAGCAGUGGCAAUGUGGAGGAAGUAUGUCGUCCUCGAACACGCCUUGUCUGCAAUCAGAAUGUGUACACACUCCAGGGACCUGGCAGCUCCGCCACUCUCAGGGUCACCUCCUCCUCAGCUGACAAGAAGAACCAGCUUCCCUACGCCUCUGCCACACUCAACAGACUCACCGCACCUCGCUAUUCCAUACCCAGCGGAGACCCGCCCCCGUACCCUGACCCGGCUAAUCAGAAUAGUGCUGUUGGCAGGAACCCUGGACAGAGGCUUGACAGCAGUUUGAUCCACGCCACUCUCAGGAGGAACAGCCGAGAGGCCGCUCUCAAAGUCUCUCAGAUGCUGGAGGCGCCCAGACCACUGCCUCCGAAGGCUAAGAACAGUAGUAGUAGUGCACUAGCAGCCUCCUUCCAGCAGAGGGUGCCAACAGCCUUAUACACGUGCAGUCAGUGUAGCAGUGGAUCUAGUGUCGGAAGCACUGCCCCAGGGAGCACUAAUGGAAUAGCUGGAGGAACUAUAAUCAGGCAGGAUUUCCCUCCAGGCAACGGGGCACCACACAGCACAGUCAUUGUUCACUCCAACAGCACCACUUCUCUGGCCUCGCAGUCCUCUUACAGCCUGCUGAGCGCUCUUGAAGGAUCUGGGAUCACAGGAGGAGGAAGUAACAGAGACAGGGCAGAUUAUGUGAAUUCAGCAUUUACUGAGGAUGAAACACUGAACCAGUCAUUGAGGAAUCUGGCACUAGGAGGAAAUGAUGCAUCAGGACUAGUUGUGAAACGCCCACCUCCCUAUCAGUGGGACCCAGCAGCCACAGAGGAGGUGUGGGUUCCUCAGGAACGGACAGCCACCCUGAGUCCUGCUGGACCCCCUGGACCCCACAAACCACCUCCACUUAUUCUUAGCCCUGCUCAGCACUUAGAUGUGUCCAGGCUGCCUUUUGUCCUUUCUCCAAAGUCCCCCACCAGUCCAAGUGCUGCUUCAUUUCAAGCUGCUGCAGCAGCCGCAGGAUACCAAAUCUCUCUCCAGUACCCUCCAUCCUCUGCCUAUCCUGUGGCCCAGCUACAGCCCAUCCAAGGGUCUCCACGCCCCUGCUCCUCCCCAAAGGAGCUUGUUGUACCAGUACCCUUCUCACAGCAGGAUGCAACCCUUGUCUUACCGCCUGGUUACCAUGCAAACCUGGCAAACCUCACCUGCUGCCCUCUUCCACCCCUGUAUCCAGGAGGAAGUUCUUGUGCCGGCCUCCCUAUUCCCUCCAUUGCCCUCCACACUCCUUGGGGUACAUAUAACUCUUGCCCUCCUAUGUCCAGUCCUGCAGUGCCACUACCACCCAAAGCCUCCCACAUGGCAGUAGACAAAAAUGUCCUGUCGCCUCCUCCUCCACCCCCACCCCCUCCACCUCCACCUCCACCAGUAGAGCUGCAGGAGGCCAUGGCAGACGCCGGGGAAGGCUUCCAGGAGGUGCUCUCCUUGACCGAGAGCCCUGUCCCACAGCGGUCUGAUAAGUUCGUAAAGAAAAACCGCAAGCGAGUGGAUGGGCGCGCCGAGGAGGCUAACGUGCCGCCUUUGGCUGAAGGGAGCAAGUCGAAAAAGGAGAGCAGAGCUUUGGGUGAUUUCAACUCCCUUAUCUCUAGUCCAAGGCUGGGAGGGAGGGACAAGAAGAAGCUGAAGGGACAGAAAGAGCAGCAGCUGAAGGCCAAGAAGCUGAGUAAGGGCACUGCCAACAGUGAGUUCCAAGACAGUUCAGAGAGUGAGCCAGAGCUCUUCAUCAGCGGAGAUGAGCUGCUCAAUCAGUGCCAGAGUGGUAAGAAGGGCUGGAAGAGUAAGAGGAACCUAAGAGCUGCCAAUGAGCUGGACGAGAUAAAGUGUCGGAAGGCCAACGAGAAGGAGGACCGAGGGCUGGGCAGCCAGGGCUUCGUGUACGUCAUGGCGAACAAGCAGCCACUGUGGAAUGAAGCCACACAGGUGUACCAGCUGGACUUUGGUGGGCGCGUCACACAGGAGUCUGCCAAGAACUUUCAAAUUGAACUGGAGGGCAGACAGGUGAUGCAGUUCGGCAGGAUAGAUGGCAAUGCCUAUAUCCUGGACUUUCAGUAUCCCUUCUCUGCUGUGCAGGCCUUUGCAGUGGCUUUAGCCAAUGUUACUCAACGCCUCAAAUGAGAUGUCCCCUCCCUACUUACCCUGAGUUAUAUCUGGGAUUUAAAUGCAAUCUGUUGGAGGGGCACAGUUGUUUCAUUUGAGAUUAAUAAUCUUUGAUUUAGAGAGGAGACUUAAAUCAGCCCGGGUUCAUAGAAAGAGAUACAAUCAUUCUGCACUACACAAUGCUGCCACUAGAGUUGGUGCAAUAAGCAUUGCCUGCAUUUGCCAAGGUCGCCCUCAGUCAGUGGCUCCUUGCAAUGCAUGUAGGGCCAAAGAGCUGAGCUUUGGUAAUCAUCAUGCAAAUAAAUGCUGCUUUAGCUAGUAGAAGCUUAUAGACAUGAUAACCUGUAAACAGAGAGGAAUUGUCGAGGUGCAGUUUUCAAAAGAAGCAGCAGUAAUACUUGAAAACCACACUCUGGAGAUCACAGUUGUUUAUUUCCCAGAGCGCACAGGUACUACUGGGCACUGAAAUCCAUUGCUGUACAAACUUCAGUGAAACAGUUACCACUUUAUUAUACUGCUUUUGCUUUUAGAAUUUUAUUAAAUGGCAGAGGGUAGGAGGGUCUUUUUGUUUUUACUCUCUGCCAUUCCUUUUGUUACUAUCUCAAUACUAUCUUGGCUGGAAUUGAGGCUUAGAUAUAUGCAUCAUUUAGGAGCACUACUAAGAGGUCACACUUUUCACUGUAGUAAAAGGUGUGUCACUGUUAAACACUUGGGAAGGUCGAGGAGUAAAUAUAGAUGAGUUGAACUGCAGUCGUUUCCACAUAGUUUCCUGGGACUUUGAAGGAAGAAGAAAUGUUAUUCCGCUACAUGGAUUAAUUUAGAUGUAAUGUACAUUUUGUUCUUUAUCUAUUCAGAUAUGAAUUUUAACGUUAUUGUCAUUGUUUGUGAUAUCCAAUCUUCAUACCCUGUCAACAUUGUUUUCAACUUACCUGUUUUAUUUGGGAGAACUAGGGGCUGAAUUUGAAUAUUGCUGUGUAGUCCAGAGUAAUUCAAGAGGGAGGGGUGUACUGAAUAGCUUUGACUGAUAUAUCCUGUACUUAGGGAAAUACCUACAUACGGUGACAUUGUCGUAAAAGAAGUCGCCAGGCCUGGAUUGAACAACUUAACCUCUGGCAUGAUGUGAUUUGUCACCUGCUGCCACUUCUGUGAAGUGAGUGUGUAGUUUGCUCCUGCUCUUCAAAUAACACACUAAACAUACAAGCAAGGUACAGGAAUUAUUUUUGUAUAUUUCACCUAUGCCAUUUCAUACUCUUUUCAGAAGUCAUGUAAAUACAUAUCAGUCGUGAUGUAAAUGUUGUAAAGAGACUUGGGUGACUUUGACAGAUGUCUGUUUAUGCCUGUCUCCACUGUGUUUUAAGUGUCAUUUCAGGUGUGGAGCGUCGCUGUAGUACUGUUCAGCUCAACAGCUACAACCACAAACAGAAACAAGUUAUGACUUAAGCUGAAAUCAUUGUCACUGAAUCUUUGAAGUCAGAACUCCAAUGAAGGAUGAAGCUAUUGAAAUCUGUUCAUUUAGAAAGCUGACACUAAUAUCUGAAAAGCUGUUUUUUUCUUUCUUCUUUAAGGCAGUCCCGCUUGUCUUUGUGUUGAACUAAGAACACAGAGCAAGAUAGGAGCAUGGGCAGUCAAUUAUUAGCCACAUUGCCAAAAUAAAUAAAUAGAUUUUUAUCAAUUUAAAGGAAUACUUCAUCCUCAAACUGAUCAUUUGUGUAUAACUCAAACAUGUUGACCUUGAAAGCUUGAAGAAACAACAAUAAAUCGUAAAUAGUAAUUGAUGUACAAAUGAUUAUUACGGGGUUGAAAUAUUCCUUAAAGCUGGUAGCCAAACAAAAAAGGGCAGUAAUAUUGGGUAGGUGAGAUCAUAUUCACCUUUAACCUUUGUGCCAAAAUAUCCAUUUGCUAAGAUUUAUAGUAAAAAAAAUGGGCCUAGAAGAAAGUGUAACUUGAUAUAAAGAAAUGUAUAACUUUGGACCAGCUAUGUUUUGGUCUUUGAAUUGAUGAGAUUAUUAAAUUCUUUAGUGUGAGCUUUAUUUAUCACAACCAGAUGCAUGUCUGUCAGAGGGGGUGGGGGCUGUAGGGAUGGGGGAUACAAUACAUAAUUAAAAAAGUCUCUUCUGAUCCAAAAAAAGAACAUGAGCAUGUCAUGAAGAAAAUAUCCAUUUUCUGUGUUAGUUGUGCAAUAUUUUCUUGGGAGGGGGGGUCCUUUGUUAUCAAUUUUGACCACAGUUUGAUACCAUUCUUUUAGUUCAGCAUCUCAGUUGCAUUUUAUUUAUGAGAUUAUUUCCUGAAGGAGAUAUAGUAUCUAUACAUACUGUAUAUUGUGGAGUUUUCUGAACAUUUCUUUGUGUUGAGAAAACAGGUGGUUACAAGUGUAGCCCAGACGAUGAGAUGGGGUUUGGUCGGGGGCGGGGUUUGGGUUCGGGCAAGUUUUCUGUGUUUUGUGAAGUUUGCUUUGGAUGGAAAGAUGUGAAUGAGUAAGUGCCCAGUUUAGUGUAGUUGGUAGACUAGUUAUGUAGAGUGUAACUGUUAAGUCAAGGUGUGUCUGUAUUCAACUGUGCAGUCUACCAAUCCCAUCAGUGUUAAAUCUAUUAUCUUUAAACGUGUGUGUUCAUGGCUUCUUACACAUACAUACACACAUCAUUCACUCACAAGUGUAAACCACUGAGUUCAUGUUCAGAAUUGCCUCGAUGGACUUAGGUUAAGGAUUCACUUUAAACGGAUUUUACGAGAUGACCUGUUGUAGAUAUUGUAGGAUUUGGCUUUUCUUUAGAAAAGGUAUGUGCUUUGUAUUUGUAGUUGUAGACUUAAAUGACAAAAACACUUGAAAAGAAUCUGAGUCUGAUUUGGUGACUGAACGUUUAUAGUGAAUGGAUAGUAAGGCAUGCCAUGUAAAUUAUUUUAUAAUUGUAUAUGUCACGCAUCUUUUGAAUAAAACGUCAUUGUUUCCGAAAUAA